UUGGCUAGCAGAUACCAGCUCGCAGAAUUCACAAAGCCUUACACGGAAACAGGAUUGAUGCUGAUAGUCCCUGCUCAAUCAGGCAAUAGAGGAUUGUCAUUCAUCAGACCCUUCACAAAAUCCAUGUGGGUUCUAAUUGCAUUCAUAACUGUCUACAAUGGUUUUAUAAUUUGGUUGAUAGAGCGAAAUCAUUGCCCUUCACUUAAGGGUUCUAUGCUGCAUCAAAUAGGAAUAAUGCUUUGGUUAGCCUUCAACACUCUUUUCUCGUUACAUGGUAAGAUUCCUUUAUCUCCCGUUUCUUAAUUUUUCUUUUCAGAUCUAGAAACUAUAGUAAUUCCAUGUUGAUAUAUAAUACAACUACUAAUAUUUUGGUUUAGGGGGGAAAAUGCAUAGCAAUCUAUCCAGGAUAUCGAUGGUAGUCUGGCUAUUCGUGGCGCUAGUAAUCACACAGACUUACACAGCUAACCUUUCGAGCAUGCUUACUGUCCAGAAGCUUGAUGGUGCUGCUCCUAAUGUUGAGGCCCUGCUAAAUAGCAAUGCAGUUGUUGGAUAUUGCACAGGUUCCUACCUGCAAAAUUAUUUGGUGGAUGUUUUACGUUUCAAGACGCAAAACAUCAGGAAUUAUACCACACUGGAGGCUUAUGCUCAAGCAUUCAAGAACAAAGAAAUUGCUGCUGUCUUUCUUGAAGUUCCUCUGGCCAAAUUAUUCCUUGCAAAGUACUGCCGCCGCUUUGUCUCAGUAGGGCCAACGUACAAAGUCGGAGGGUUUGGAUUUGCAUUGCCCCGUGGAUCUCCAUUACUUCCUAGCAUCGACGAAGCUCUACUGAAAGUAUCUGAAAAUGGAACUCUACUGGAACUAGAGAACAGACUCGUUAAGCCAGGAAAUUGCCCAGAUGUGGAAGAUGAAAAUCAUAGCCUUAGCCUCAGCAGCUUUGGGACACUCUUCAUAAUAACCACCGGCACAUCAACAAUCUCCCUUGCAAUCUACAUUUUCUCAAGAGGCAAUUCCAUGCUCGGAUACACAACCAUAUGGAGACUUAUGAUGGCUGCAAUGAGAUUUUGGGUCUGUCAAAGGCAGAUCACUAGAAGAUUAAGCAAUGCUGAGAAUUCUGUUAAUAAUUUGGCUCCGCAGGCAUCAGGCAUGCAAUCUCUUGUAUCAUGUAUAUAAACCCAAAAGUUGGGGUUUAAUCUAUCAUAUGCCUCAAUUAUUCAAAAUUGCUCCUAUAUUAGUAAUUUGUUCAAGAACACUUUGUAUUUAUAAAAUUGACUCAGUUGGAUAUGAUAUGAACUAACAAUUUUCUCAUAAGAAGAGAAUUGAACUCACAUACUAAUUGAAUGAAUUGAGCUGUACAACUCAUAUAUAGAUAAGUCAAUUAAUUAAGAUUGUCA